CAAUUCGUGUGGAACGAAUUCUGCGAAGAGUACAUCCCAACGGACAGAAAACACACUUACUACCCCUCGGUCAUCACGAACGAAAGGCUGUACGAAAUAAAAAUAUCGGACCUGCCCGUAAUACCGUACUUCCCAGUCAAUUCGUACUACGAGUGGGCCAACUACAGGUAUUACGGCUUGCGCAGCGCCACGGCUUACAUCCUAGUCUUCGACUUAUCCAACAUCGACACCUUCCAAUACGUCCGGACGCUGAGGGAGCAGAUCUGUGAGUCCCGCAACAUGCAAAACGUCCCGCUGCUCGUAGUGGGCAACAAACAAGACCUCAUCGUCCCCGAGGAAGGCACCAGUAACAGCUCGAAACCCGCUAUAGCCAGCGGGACGGACGAGAAACGUAGGGAUAUAGUAAACUUAGUAAAAAAGCACUGGAAGUCCGGUUAUAUUGAGUGCAGUGCCAAGUACAACUGGAAGGUAGUGGCGGUUUUUAAGGAACUGAUUAAUAUGAUCGACAAUUUGAGCAGCAGGGAUCAGAGUCCGAUGUUGGACAACAUCCAGGAGGCGUUAGAUAGGAAUAAGUGUGUCGUUAUUUGAUCUGUUUUGAAAAUGGUGUGUUUCAUUUACGAAAGCUUGGGGAAGUGUUAGGUUCAAGCGUUAGGUGAGCUCAACGUUUACGAUGUGAUUAUAGAGGUUUAAAACUGAAGUUGUUGAAACUGUUGAACCGUUUUGCGGCUAAUGUUGUUCCGAUGUGUUUUUUUAUAAGACUUACGCUUACGUUUAAAAGCCUACCACUUGUGUAAGGUUUCCGUCGCGUCAUCUACUUAAUUCUCCUUCGACUGUGUGCCAAUAAUUUUUUUUAACGAAAUAAAUGAAUAAUAGGUAUAUCAAGUGGUGAUCUUUUAACUGCACGCCCUGGUUUCUUAGCGUUUUUACACCCUGUAUGAUAAUAUCAAACACAAUUAAUUCUUGAUAGUAUUUUCUCUUUUAUACUUUUUUAUCUAUCGUUGACCCUUAUUUAAAAAAAAACUUUACAAAAUCAAACUAUGAAUGCAUUUGACACGUUGUUAUUUUGGCUGUGAGUUUAAAUUUUAGGAUGUUUUUUGUACUUUUUAGGUGUUCGAUAUGUUUACAAAAAAAUAUUAUUUCUAGUAGGGUCACUGCGCUGGUUCUUGAUUAGUUUUCUCAAACUUUUUCCCAGUCCAUUUUCCUGUUUUCGAUCAUAAAUUGUUGUCAGUGUCGUUUUUUGAUUAAAAUUCUAAUAAGGUGGUCAAAAAUGAGAUCGUUUAGGUCGAAGUCAAACGGCAAUAGGUCGAAAACAUGCAAAAAUUGAGAUUUCAACUGCUUUAAUAUCAGAUUGUGGCAAUUUACUCCAAAACAAAGAAUUUUUGAAGUUUUUAAGGUCAAAAAGUCACCAAAAUAGCAAAAAAAAAAACAGCGCAGCAAUCCUAGUACAGGGUGAAACUAUCCUAUACUUUGUUCAGCAAUACUACAAAUAUUAUUAGACAAUCGUACUGUAAUACAAAAUUGAAUUAAACCCGUUCAACUUUGUAAUAUAUAACAUGUGAAACUUGCAAAACGUAAACUGUGGUUGUGAAUUUAUUAAGUUUAACUAAUACGCCAAAAUAAAAUUUGUAGUUGAAAUAACAAGGCAAUAAAAAUUAA